UCGCUACCGCCUUCGGGAUUUUAUUCUCCUCUUCCGCUCCUGAUCUCUCCUCCUUCCCCAACCUAACAAGUCUCCACCCCCGGGUCUUCGACUCUCACGAUCUUGAUCGAGCCCGGCGGAAUUCGCCGCGCCAGAUGAGGCCUCCGGCCGCGGGAGACGUCGUCCUGCCGGCGGGGGUGGGGCUGCCGCCGAUCAGGACGAGGGCGGUGGUGGCCGAGUCUGCGCCGUCGACGCCGCCGGACGCGGAACUCUUGCGGGCGGUGGCCAUGGCGGAGGAGGAGAAGAAGGAGGCGGAGGCGGCGCCCACGACGACGACGGCGGCGGCGGACGCGGAGGAGGCGGAGCCGAGGACGCCGACGUCGGAGGAGAGCAAGCUGCGGCCGCCGACCGAGUGCCCGCCGGCGCCGAGGAAGCCCGCGUGGACGCGGCCGCCGUCGUCGGGGACGAAGCGGCGGCUCUGCUACUACGGCGUCCCGCGCGACCUCUCCGCCGUCUUCACGGCGUCCCUGCCGCCCAAGAAGCGGAUCCGCGCGCCGCCGCGCCUCAUCCCCUGCCGGGCCAGGUGCGGCGCCGACGGAUCGGCUCCGUAGGAGGACACAAUCCAUGGGCGCCAUGGUUAAUUUACCGGUGAAUUCUUGGAGUUUCUUCUGUUCCCCUCUCUAGUCUCUCCGUACGUUCUUCCUCCUCUUUCUUGGAGUCUACGGCCAUCGUAUAAUCUCUCUCGUGCAAAUAAUGUGUUAGUAUUCGAUUUUCCUUCUUCUAUUUUCUUCUGAUUUCUUAGCGGGUUCGCGUGAAGGAGAAAAUUGUAGAAUUGAUAAAGGGUUGUUUAUUAUUCAUAUAGUGAUGAACGGGAAAAAGAAAAGUGGUGGUAGUAGUAGUACUGCUUGUAAUAGAAUUUCCCAGAGAUCUUGUUAACUGGUGCGUGUAUCAGUUCGUUAUUUAUAACAGCUAACAGUUGCCAAAAA